AUGCUCAGUGUUCCGGACCUUGAGGGAAAAGUGAAGUCUGGGGAGAUUGACACCGUCAUUGUGGGGAUGGCUGAUAGGUAUGGCCGCAUGGUCGGAAGAGGUAUGAUGCAGGGUUCUUUCUGGAAUCCGCUGCGAAGGAGGGCACGCACGCCUGCUCCUACUUGCUGGCGACAGACAUGGACAAGAGACAGCGCCGGAAUACAAGGUUGCCGAUUGGGCGACAGCUUCUGGGGACGACCACCUGCAGCCCGAUCUUCUUCCCGAUCUGCGCUUUGGACGUGCGGCUGGCUGGAGAAGACGGCACUCGUCCUGUGCGACAUUCAGACCGAGAGCCAUGAGCUGGCGGGCCAUGCUCCAAGGUCCACUCUGCAGCGCCAGGUUGCGGAAGCCAAAAAGCUGAUCUGUCAGCCCAUGGCGGCGACAGAAGUUGAGUACUACCUCUAUCAAGACUCGUUUGAGGUCGCCUACAAGAAGCGGUAUGCCGGUUUGAGUGCUGUGGGGUGGCAUCGUGAGGACUACCACAUUGCCAGUUCUGCAGGGCACACGGGGACAAGCAGCUCGGGCCCAUCAGCCACUACAGCGACGAGUUUUGAGUGGCUCUCGGGCGGCUGGAUGAAGUACUCGCUGGAGUUGAUGGUCUUCUACGCGCCCAACGUCAACAGCUACAAGCGCUUCCAUUCCGGCUUGUAG